AUAGAUCUAGUCUACACUUGAUCUAUAUUCUAAAAAUUAAAUUAUAUAGCUACAGAAAUAUUUGAAUCUACAUUCAUUGCAUCCAGAUUAGAAUCAUUAGAUCUAGAGAUAAGAUAUCUAUAACUAUAAAAUCUAUUACUAUUAGUAGAUACUAGCUUCUAAGAUAAGAUAAAUUUAAAUUCAAUUUGAAUUAAUUCUAUUAUCUAUAUCAAGAAAUGGCUGGUCAAGCUAUAUUAAAUGUUGAAUCUAUUUUUGAUAAUUUGUCUUAUGGCUCGGCACCCGAUUCAGAAAGUGCAGCUUUGUCAUGGUUGAAUAAACACAGUCGACAUUUUGGCUUAUACAUUAAUGGCCAAUGGGUUCAUAGAGACGCUCAAAUUACAGUCGAGUCAAGAAACCCAGCCAAUGAUGAGCUUUUGGCAACUACUGUGGAAGCAAGUGAAGACGACAUUAACCUUGCUAUCAGCACUUCAAGAGAGGCAUUCAAUAUAUGGAGCUCACUUAAUGCUCAUGUAAGGGCUCGCUACUUGUACAGCAUAGCAAGAACUUUACAGAAAUGUCAGUCAUUGUUAGCUGUGGUGGAAGCUAUUGAUUCAGGGAAGACAACAAGAGAGACUCGAGCCACAGAUAUCCCAGCAGUCAUCAGACACUUUUAUCAUUAUGCUGGAUGGGCACAGAUUAAAGAUUCAGAAUUAGCAAAAUGGAAGCCUUAUGGAGUUACAGUGAUCCUGCCUCACUGGAGUUUCCCCUUGUUACAUUUGGGUAGCAGAGUAGCAGCAGCCCUGGCAACUGGAAACACUGUUAUUAUUCUCCCCUCGACUUUAGCACCAUUGAGUGCUCUCCUAUUUGCUGACAUUUGUAGCCAGGUAGGGUUACCUAAGGGUGUGGUGAAUGUGGUCACAGCCUCUAAAGAUGUUUCCCUUCUUUCACAUCCUAAUGUUGACAAAGUGGUGUUUGCAGGAUCUAUUGAGGAUGGUCAGCGAGUACGAAAACUGACAGCUGGAACCGGUAAAAGUCUUUCUUUAGAGCUAUCAGGACGUUGCCCAGUAUUAGUAUUUGAGGAGGCAGACAUUGACAGUGCUGUUGAAGGUAUCAUUGAAGCAGCCUUUUUUAACAAUGGAUUGUCCAAUCAUUCAGGAACAAGACUUCUUAUCCAGGAGACAGUCUACUCACAGGUCAUAGAAAAACUGAAAAUCAGAAUGUCUAAGUUGACAGUAGGUAAAAACUUUGAGAAAAAUAAUGACCAAGGUCCACUCAUCAGUUCUGAAGUUGCCUUGAAGUUGAUUACCCUUUUACAGAGUCCACAUGGAGGUCAGGUUUACCAAGUGGAAGGUGUUCCGAAUCAGAAUAAUUAUUUUCCUCCUACAUUAAUAUAUGAUGUUCAGACAUCAUCGGAGGUUUAUGUAGAUGAGUUUUAUGGUCCCCUCUUGGUAGCUGUUGCUUUUAGAACAGUCAAAGAGGGCAUAGCUCUGGCCAAUCACUCUGUUUAUGGCAUUGCUGCUAGUGUGUGGACAGAGAACAUUAACAUAGCGCUUGAGGCUGCCAGCUGUAUACAGGCUGGCACUGUCUGGAUCAAUGCCCACAAUCUAACAGAUGCUGCAGCUGGUGUUGGGGGCUGUAAGAAAAGUGGCUAUGGGAGAAGUGGUGGUAAAAGGAGUUUGUAUGACUAUGUCCAGCCUAAUUAUCAGAACAGAAGCGUUCCUAGAACCAUCAAUGUUGACUUCAACAAAUUUGGUACUUCUUCCUCAGCUGAUAUAUUACCUAUAGCACCUCCCACAGAUACUGCUGGAGAUAAACUCAGUGUUGACAAGACUUACAAGCUUUUCUAUGGAGGUGGUCAGAAAAGACCAGAUUCAGGAGCAAGUUAUCCCAUUAGAUCAGCUAGCAAUCAGGUAUUGGGUUAUGUCCCUGAUGGUGGCAGGAAAGAUAUUAGAAAUGCAGUGGAAGCUGCAGACAAGGUUGCAAGAAGUUGGGCCAAGAAAGAAGGUCAUGGCAAAGCCCAAAUAUUGUACUUCAUUGCUGAGAACCUUCAAAGUAGGCUUAAGGAAUUCGCUGACCUUAUUUCUGCCAUGACAAACAAAAGUAAAGAAGAAUCAACCAAUGAAGUAGAAGUUGCUAUCCAACGUUUAUUUUACUGGGCUGCUUAUUGUGACAAAUAUGGUGGUCUAGUACAGGAAACAAGUUUGUACGGACUGACUGUUGAGAAAAAUGAAUCCGUCGGAGUUAUAGGUAUUGUCUGCCCUGACAACUUUCCUUUCCUGGGAUUCAUAUCACUAGUAGCUCCAGCCAUAGCCAGAGGAAAUGCUGUGGUGAUAGUACCUAGCAACAAAUUUCCAUUGGCUGCACUUGGAUUUCAUCAGAUUUUAGAGACAUCAGAUCUUCCUGGAGGGGUCAUAAACAUAAUCACUGGAGAUCAGGAUGUCUUGACAAGAACACUUACAGAGCAUCAUGACGUGAAUGCUGUGUGGUAUUUUGGCUCAGCUGAGGGCUCAAAGUUUGUGGAGUUUGGCUCAGCUGGUAAUGUCAAGGCCACCUGGGUUAGUUAUGGGGCAGAGGUAGACUUUAUUAAUAACUGUGAUGGGGAGGAACUCUUGUAUCAUUCUACGACUACCAAAUCUAUUUGGAUGCCAAUGGGAGAUGUUUUUGCUAACUAAAUUAAGUAUGAUAAAAAAUAAUUACAAUUAAGAGUAAAAUCAAAUUUAUAAAUUUUCACAUGGAGCCAAAUGAUUUUAGCUUUGAGUUUAAAUCUAAUUGACAAAUAUUUUGUUUGUUCUUAAUUCAACUAUGUUAAAAUUGUUAAAAAGAUAAAAUGAAUAAACCAAAUUUAACACAAUUAAUCACAAAUGCAGAUAGGCUACAUGUUAACUCAAUAUUUUUAUUGUGGUUCAAUGUACCUUUUUUUUUUUUUUUUUACACAUGUACACAUUAUUUAAAACAAUGGUCAGACAAUAAAGAAAUAUUAUGUUUGGGUCCUUUUGACUCAUUUUAUAAAACAGUAGUUCUAAACCAAACUCCUACCUUUGAGAGUACUCUCAGCUUGUUAGGAGGUAACCUAAUUUGAAUGUUUGUUGGGUGCAAGCAAAACGUCCUAAACUUUUUUGUUUUUUGAAAUAAAUAAUAUUGGAACAAAAAGUCAUUUUAACAGGUACUAAGGGGGACAAUUUUAUUUGCUCUAUUGUUGUGAGAUUAUAAAUAACAAUCAUAAACUAAGGGAAAAAAAAUUCGUUCAGGACAAAACUAAUUCCAUAAUUCUAGUGCCUUCUGAAUUGAUUACAUUAACUUGAAGAACAAUGGAAGCUGUAAAAAAAAAAAUUUAAAUGAUCUCCAUUGAAUGUCUAGGCUGAUUUCAAGUCCUAUUCUAACUUGAAAUGAAAUUUUUACAAUAUUUGAUAAUGAAAUAAUGCAUUGUUACUUAAUUAACCAUAUUAAUCCAACUGUGAUGAAUUACCUGUGUUCACUGCUGGAGAGUUUAUAUCAAGUUGAAGUUUUUGUCAAAGAGCUCUAUUGAUUGAAAUAGCAAGAAUCAAUCUUUUUUUGUCGCCUUUGAGUGGCAUUUUUUAGCAUUUUUCAUAUCAGUGUAUUUUAUUUCAAUAAUUUGAUUUGCUUUUUAAAUUGUAGUGAAUAUAUCCUAUUUGAAUUAGACUGUUAGUGUAUUUGUUAGGUUUGUUAGUUAUGAUAUUUCUUAUGUAAAAUCUCCUACAAAAUUAUUUUUGGAAAAAUGUUUCCUGUUUUUGUUUUCAAAUAGUCUCACUGAGCUAGUCAUUUAACAUGCAUCUGACAGUAGGAAGAUCUUAUAAUCUCAAUAUAAGCAUGUAAUCCUAAACUAGUACAUUAUAUUUUUGUAUUCAUUUUGUAUAUGGUAUUUAAAAAAAAACACACAAAAGAUUUGUAAUCUCGUUUUAUGUAAUGUUCUCUCGAUCAUAUAGAGAUUUUUAUUUUUAAAGCUACUAUACUCAGAUUUUUGUCUAAAUGAUACAUAGCUGUAUUUUAAAUUUAUCUCAGUUGCAAUAUACCUCAUCACUUGCAGCACUAAUAUAUAAAUGGACAUACUACAUUUUUUAUCACAUUUUAUCUUUAUGAAACAACGUUUCUUUUUUGAGCCUUGUAUUUUUAAAUAAUCUGUUUUAUGUUGUUGUUUAUUUUUUAUGUUUUUUUUUAAUUAAUAUAUUCUCUUGAUAUUAGUAUUUAGAAAUAUUAAAUUCUACAAAUGAGAAACAGGGGAAUAAGAUUUUGAAUAGUAGAUGUGUGUGCAGGCAGAUUUUCUUUUAUUAACUGAAUUAAGAGAAACUUUGAACUUAACCUACUACAUGGGACUACAAGCACAAACCCACUACAUAGGGCUACAAGCACACCUCUACAGCAAAAAUGAGUUUUGGGCAGCUCUCCUGGUUGGUUGAGCCUGUUGUAAGCCUUAGUAUUUACUGGCAGGUCAUGAAACAUUUAUAGUCUUUGUUUUCAGUCUUUGAUAUCUGCAAUAGUAAUUUGGUUUUGGGUGUCUGUUAUCUCCCCCUGAAUGCGCCUGUUGUGACAUCUAGUUGGCAGCUAAAGCUUGUAAACACACACACAAUGUGAUUCAUAUACUUAGUGUUAUAAUACUUAGUGUUAUAAUGUUUGGUUAGUUCUCUUCUCACAGCUAAGUACACACAGCACAUUACCAGCCACAGUUGUUUGUGCUACAUUGCCAUAGUGCUUUAGAAAUGUAUAUACUUUACACACAAGAUUUAAAUCUGCAUGCUUCUAGCUGACAUAAAUGUAUGCAUGUUACUUUGAAAAAAACAUUUAAAUAUGUAUGCUUCUACCUGACAUUAAUGUGGGCCUGUUACUUUGAAAAGAACAAACUGUUCAUGUAAUGAUUGUAAUCUGCCAUUUAGUAAGUAGUAACCUUAUCAGGGUAUCAUGUGGCCAACACAACGACCUACAGCCUUUACUUUCCCCCCACUAAAAAAACAUUAGUGUUGGGUGGACCCUGAGCCAUCCUAAAAAUGCCAAAGUUUAAAAUGUCUGUCUUUGAAAUUAGAACCUUGGAUACAUCAGUUCAGAAGUCAUGCACCAUACCCCAGAAUAGUAACAUUUACUAUAGAUGUAUAGUCUAGCCUUUUUAAAAAAUAUAA